GUCAGUUGAGUGUGCAACAAGUAUGGACCGAUGCCUCCACCCCCCUCCUAUGCUCGCCUUGCGGUCGGAGCAAAAGCUCUUCAACUUCGUACAUACGGUCCAUCAGCGAGGUGUUCAGUAUGCGCUCCUUGAUGACGAACAGUAAUACGCGAUCGAGUAUAUAUUCCAGAGCCAGAUGCGCAUGUGCAUCUCACUGGCGCCUUCCAUCAGUUCGCCGGGCAGCAGUCAAACGCUCUGUCCGAUGCCUUCCAUGUGUGCCAGGCGAAGGGUAUUUAAGACAUUACUGAACCAGGCAAAAGUGGUGGUCAUGUGGAUGCAGCCCAGGGCGAGCGCGAGCAUGCAUCGCUCUCGGUCGACCCUAGUGCCUCCGGUUGCCGGCAAAGGCUUGUACAUCGUCACUGCAUAUCGUUUUCUCGCUUGCCACAUGUGUGCUAAGCUGACGCGCAUCCCACGGGUGGCCGGGUUGUGCAAGUUUAGCGCCAUGAGAUGCAACGACGCAGCUGACCAGUCGAUCGUGUAAGAUUCGAGGUGUCUGUCGUGCCUGGUUGCAGAUGGAGAGC